AUGCCGUCUAUACAGGUGAACUCUAGACAGAGUUCCCUGCGGUUCAGCGCUUUUGUGAAUGGGAGAAUGGAUCAUCAUCCGACUGUGAAGCGGUGGGAUGGAGCUGCGAGAACGUGCACAGAAUGGGACAACAUUCGACGAGACCCUGAACUGUGGUUUCGAAAUGGAAACUGCAUGGUGCAUCUCCACGCAAAAGGUCAUUCUCAACGAGGUCCCUCCUUCAAGGUCCCCUUCUCAGCACUCCUCGAAGCCCAAUGCUACCCCCUCAUCCAAAGAUUUCUCGUGUGGGAGGGCGUUCAAGCACCCAAUCUUCGCGAGCUCAUGAGAUGGAGUAAGAAAAACACAACACGCAAAAUCGAACUAUACAUCCCGCCACCUCCGACGACAGAUAAAACACAAGCUUUCAACUACCACCUCGCAACACGCAAUUUCUUCGCCUGGGUGUUUCGAAGAUCCAUGGUCGGAUACAGUCUCGGCAAUGCUCUUAUUGGUCUUCUCCACAGUAUGCAUGAGUUUCGGUCCGGCGUGGACGACAAUGUCUCAGAUAUGAUGGAGUAUUUCGACGAGGAGGGCUAUCUCGACAUGGCCAACCAGCCAAACCACGCACUGGCGAUAUUGCAGCUCGCAGAGUGUUUUCAAAUGAAGGAUCUGUACAUCCGAGCUUUUGCACAUUGCGUCGGCAUGAGCGAAUACUUGUUCGAAAAUGCUGGGUUUCAGGAGCUCAGCCCUUCAACACGCAAGCUCAUACGUAAGGGACACCUCGAACUUGAUUAUCGCAUGACGCGGUCAUCGUCUAUGCUGAAGACCUUUCUGGACGAUGAGUUGUCAGAGGCUCAUUUGAGCGUCUCAGCAGGCGCCCGGGCACAUCUUGAGCGCUUCCGAAGUUUUUUGUUAUCGUUUUAUACGACGAAGCUGGGAUACUACCCGCCGACUGCGGACUCUGGCAACGACUUGUUUGAUCCCGCUAUUUUACGGAUCAUGCGUGAGGACUUUGAGGCUUUGUAUGAUCUACUCGUUGAUGAUCAGUAUACCUCAUCACAUACCAUGCCGCCUACAGCGCACGGAGGGAUCUGUACUAUUCAACUGGUUCAAUCUUUCGACUUUGAACAUGGAUACGAUAUUCUUGAUCAUCCACUGCCGCUUCUCCCAGACACGAAUGGCAAUAACUCACGGCGCAUGUCUUGGUUUCCUGGGCGUGUGACUCUCAGAUCGGAUCGCAGAGUAACAGCUCACACAGCGCUGAUCAACGCAUCUAAUUUGAUGAAGCCAGGAGUCGCACAGAAUGACCUCGAGAAGGUGUCGCUGGUGGAUGCUCGCAAGGUCCGAUGGAUUCUCAUCUACGCAACAUACCAAGUCCUUCGCUACGCAACGGACACGGCAACAGAUUUGCAAGAGGAUGAGAUCAACGAGGCUCACUACAGUCUAUCGGCGUUGACUGACAAGCUUCCACCCUGGGAUACUCCUCGCGAUCUGGACCGUAUCCUGAGACGCCAGACCCAGUACGUUACUAGCGGACCGACCUGGAGUUUGCAACAGGAUGGUGCUGCAGACGCAGGAGAAGAUUCCUUUGGGAAGAUCGAGAUCAAGCCGGACAUCGACUACUUCGCUCUCACUCACCGAGAUCGUCCCCAGACACAACACGACAACCGCAAGAUGGAGCGUCGAGCAUCAAUGCCUUCACGUCCAUCGCGCUCAAACUCAUUCACACAGGCACUUAGCCGCUCUUCAACAAUUCGACGAUCCAUGCGCAUGUUUAAAUCACCCUCUACCACACCACCUCAAUCAAUCACACCACCUUCACGACCAACAUACCACGAAAUCGUUGUCCACGGCUACGGCAACGGUACAAACGAUGUAAGCAUCGACACAGACGGAAGCGACACAAAAACAGACGACACAUACAACACAACCCCCGAGAGCAUCGAAACCAACGACACCGAGUCACCCCUCGACACCCCUCCCCUAACAGAGUACUACGUCGAGCCCGCGAUCCCUAAAGAUGUAAAAGCACGCCGCGAACGCCGCCGCGACGUAAUGUCCAUGGUCGCACGCUCAAUGUCCGGCCGCGUCUCCAAGCGCAGCCGACCCAUCAGCGCGAUAUUCUCCGACUCGCGCUACGCAGACGAGGUUGAGAGCCGACGACACAGCAUGUUUCCGCAGCCGCUGCGGAUAAAGACACAGGUGGAGGAGCCGUAUAUCGUGAAUGAGGAUGCGGAUUGGGCGGCGAUGCAGACGUUUAUGGAGAGUCCGGGGGAGAUGACGGAGGAGGAUGAUGAUAUGAUGCCUGCUUGGGAGCAGUAUGCUGAUCUGGGAGGGUUGACUGAUAUGAGAUGA